AACCAGCAUCAUUCCUCGUUCUCAACUCGAGCUGUGAGGACGUCCAGUUGAAGUGCUCCGAUUUUAGAUCAAAGUGAUCCAAGUGCAAGACUUGAAAGUAUUUUUGUGACCUUAAGUUCUUCAAAUUCGCAGUUGAGUCACGCAGUGGAUUUGCAUAUCAGCAGCCCAAUUAAAGAUUGGAUCGGAUCAAAACGCACUUUAUACGAACCAUGGGUGGAGGAAGUCGGACACUGCAAUUAGUAUUCCUAGCUCUAAUUGCGAUCGGGCAAUGGCACACGAUUGCAGCGGGGCCAGUCACCAACGAGGAGCUACGUGGAACCAUCCAGUCACUGAUCUACUCCUACAACCAGCUGGACAAUAAGUUGGAGCGUCACGAGCAUAGGGAACGCGCCUUGGGUGAACUGCUGAAGAAGGCCCUGCAAUCCCUGCAGAAGGGACAGAAGAGCCUGGAGCCCAUUAAUGGGAUAUUCGGUCGUCUGGAUGAGAGGGUCAGCCAAAUAGAGACCAUGCUGAUUACGCAAGAGGAAAAGUACAACGCGCAGUCGGAUCGUUUUAACCAGGCCACGGAUCACAUGUUCAAGUGGAUGAGGGAGAACGACGAGUGCUUCAAGAGACCACCAGUUAGUGCGAACCUGAUUGCACCACCAGCUGCUCCCGCCGCCCCUGCCAUUCCCAAGGAGUUCCUGGAGGAGCAAAGGCGCUUCAACGCAAAGUUGCUGGAGGAGAUCCAAAAUCUGAAGGCAAGCAACCAGAAGGCAGCCGACCAAACGCAGAAGAAUUUCGAAAAUCUGCCCAAGGGACCGGAGUUGCUGUCCCAGAUUGAGGCCAAGUUGCAGGAGCACUCCGCCAGUGUCACCACCGCUGCUCCGCCGAAGAACAAUGAGUUCGAGGCACAACUCCUGGAGCGUCUGAAUUCGCUGGGUGGAAAGGUUACCGAGUUGAGUGAGACUGUUCAGCGGCCGGCUGCUCCAGUUGGUCUGAACGAGAAUGAUCGGGCCUACAUCCAGGAACUGAAUAACGAUACCCUGAAUGCCUUGGCUCAACUUAAGAGCGAAUCGUCGGCAGUUCAGAAAUCAGCCGCAACGGAGACCACGGAGCGACUGCAGCAGACGGAGGCCAAUAUCCAGGCGGACGUUCGCCAGCUCUCCACGGACGUGGGCAUCCUCAACAAAUACUUCGCCUCGACCAACGAGAGCAAUGCCAAGCUGAACGAGGGACUGGAGGCACUGAGCAAGUUCAACAACAUCAUGAUGACCAACUCGCAGGUGGUACUGGACACACAGCGCAAGGUGGACUUUGGCACUCUGAAUGUGGUGCAGCGGGUGGGAAAACUGUUGGAGGAGGAGAUGGCCAAGCUGAGCGAGCUGCUAAAGGAGCGCUUCGCAUCGCUCGAUGGAACGGUGGUGAAUACCCAGCAGGAGGCGAACAAGAACAUCAGCGCACUGCUGGAGACCGAGCUGAACCAGGUGUGGCACCGCAUCGAGAUCAUGGCCGGCGAGAUCAGCCAGAGCAGGGAAAUGCUCGGAGUGAUCCAGUCCGCAUCCGAUGGCUACAUCAACAGCACCCUGGCCACGAUGAUGGGACUGGGCAGCAAGGUGCAGGAGACCAAGAAGCACAUGAUCGACAUGGACGAGAACCUUAACUUCCUGCUGGGCAAACUGGCACUGAUGUCCAGCGAGUUCGCCAACAUAAAGAAGGGCCUGGCCGAAUCGCUCGAGGAUCUGCGCAACUCCUUCCAUGUGCUGCAUGAGCGGAUGCCCACGGGUCCCGGUCCCCAUAACAUCGACAAGAACAAGUAUCUGACCGAUGUCAAUCUCCUGUCCAAGCGCCAUGCUGAACCUGAAAGGGAGUAGAAGGAGACAAGGGAAUUGCCCAGGAAUUAACAAAAUACAAUACUCCUAACCAUAGCGUCUAAGUCUGCCCACUUACAUAUAAUCAUCUAGUUGCGCUUAAAGUUAAAGGAUUGCAAAACAUCGAUAUCAAAUUUUCCUAAACAGUACCAAGGUAUCCAUAUAUUAAGAGAUAAUAUUAACUUAGUUGUAUUGCAGUACUAUCAACUUAAGCGCAGCUGCACGUAUUAAUGCAACUCGAUCUUAAAACGCAAAACCCUGCCCCGAAAAUACAAUUCAUUAUGAACAAUACA